CAUCCGCUUCCGGUUUCCACACUGGAUCGGCGGUGAGCGGCUUCUGAGGUUCCUGAGGCCUGCGGGGCCUUGCUGGAGAUGGACAGCCGAAUUCCUUACGAUGACUACCCCGUGGUUUUCCUGCCUGCCUAUGAGAAUCCCCCAGCAUGGAUUCCGCCUCAUGAGAGGGUGUAUCACCCAGACUACAACAAUGAGUUGACCCAGUUUCUGCCCCGAAUCGUCACACUGAAGAAGCCCCCUGGAGCUCAGUUGGGAUUUAAUAUCCGAGGAGGAAAGGCCUCCCAACUAGGAAUCUUUAUCUCCAAGGUUAUUCCUGACUCGGAUGCACAUCGGGCAGGACUUCAGGAAGGGGACCAAGUCCUAGCUGUGAAUGAUGUGGACUUCCAAGACAUUGAACACAGCAAGGCUGUUGAGAUCCUGAAGACAGCCCGUGAGAUCAGCAUGCGUGUCCGCUUCUUUCCCUACAAUUAUCAUCGUCAGAAAGAGAGGACUGUACACUAGAGAGUUGCAGCCCAUAGCGCUCCACAUGGAAUCUUCUAGGACAAGCUGGUGGGCUUCAUUCCCUGAAACGGGAAGAAUGGAGAUCUCUAGAUAUAGCCUGUGGAGAGCCCGGCUAGAAAAGGCAACUGACAUUUAUUGGGGAUCACGUGCUAGACAACUGCACAUGUCACACCAUGUUCACUAGAGUCUAGAAAUUAAUAGAAGAAAGAAUCUUGAGGCAACUGAUGUUUAUUGACUACCGCGUGCUAACCAACUACACAUUUGUCCUCUCAUUUUCAUCAGAGUCUAGAAAUCAGUAGC